GCCCAACCCAAUUGAGAAUGAUUUGAUUUGUAAUAUCGGGUUGAAUUUGAAAAAGCACAAACUGCCCUUUUUUACCCAAAUUAAAAACCCUAAUUGAACUCUCUCUCUUCUCAGCAGCUGCACUUGUACAUCUCCUCUUUCUUGUGAACUGAUUGGUUGCGAGCGAUGGAGGACGAGCCUGUGCUUGUGGAUUCUAGUAGGCUGAAAUCUGUUGUCUGGAAAGAUUUUGAUAGGAUUAGAUUUGGUGAUACAUGUGUUGCGGUUUGUAAGCAUUGUCAGAAGAAACUUAGUGGCUCAAGCACCAGUGGAACAUCACAUCUUAGGAAUCAUUUAGUCAGAUGUCGAAGGAGAUUGAAUCAUGAUAUAGUACCAUUGGUCACAGCAAAAGGGAAGAAAAAGGAAGCAACAGUUGCUAUUGCAGCAGUUUCUUUUGAUCAAGAGCAACAAACAAGUGAAGUGGCCAAUAUUGUGCAGCCCAAAUAUGAACAUGCUCAUUCGAAUUAUGUCACUGGUAACUUGGUAAAAAGCAACUUUGAUAAUAAGAGGAGCCGUUUCGAUCUCGCUCGCAUGAUUAUAUUGCAUGGUUAUCCUCUGCAAAUGGUUGAGGAUGUUGGCUUUAAGAUUUUUGUUAGAAAUCUUCAGCCUUUAUUUGAGCUUGUUACGUUUGAUGGAGUUGAGGGCGAUUGUAUGCAAAUCUACCAUAAAGAGAAACAGAAGGUGUCGGACAUGUUAGAUAAAUUACCUGGUAAGAUUAGUCUAAGUGCUGAUAUGUGGACCGGCAAGGGAGAUGCCAAAUACUUGUGUUUGACUGCACACUGCAUUGAUGAUGAAUGGCAGCUGAAGAAGAAGAUCUUAAAUUUUUUAUUGGUUGAUCCUUCUCAUACUGAAGACAUGCUUUCAGAUGUGAUCAUGAUGAGUCUAAUGGAAUGGGAUAUUGAUCGGAAAUUGUUUUCCAUGACAUUUGAUAGUUGUCCAACCUAUGACAACAUAAUAUGUAAGAUUAGAGACCAGCUCCGGCUCUCCCAGAACAAUUUUCUUAUAUGCGAUGGUCAGCUGUUUGAAGUACGCUGUGCAGCUAAUUUAAUCAAGAACAUGGCCCAGGAUGCAUUGGAAGCCGUAUCUGAGGUAACAGAUAAAAUUCGUGAAAGUAUUCGACAUGUUAAAAGUUCACAAGGAACACAGGAAAAAUUUAAUGAAAUGGCUCAACUAGUUGGAAUUAAUAGCCAAAAGUGCUUAUGUCUUGAUAACUCACUGCAGUGGAAUUCUACAUAUUUCAUGCUUGAUAUGGCUUUAGAGUUUAAGGAUGCAUUUUCUCUGUUGCCAGAACAUGACUCUGUCUAUACUUCAUGCCCAUCUUAUGAAGAGUGGGACAGAGCUAGUGCCAUUGCUAGCUACUUGAAGCUCCUAAUCGAAGUUUCUAAUGUUUUUACUGGAAGCAAACAUGUGACUGCAAAUAUUUAUUUCCCUGAAAUUUGUGAAAUUCAUAUGCAGUUAAUUGGCUGGUGUCAUAAAUCAGAUGAGUUUAUUAGUUCUUUAGGAAUGAAGAUGAAAACUAAAUUUGAUGAUUAUUGGAAAAAAUGCAGCCUGGCUUUGGCUAUUGCUGCUAUCUUAGAUCCUAGAUUUAAGAUGAAGCUUAUAGAAUAUUACUAUCCUCAAAUUUAUGGCAACAGCGCCCCAGAAUGCAUUGACAUCGUUUCCAAUUGCAUGAAGGCACUUUACAAUGGCCACUUAGCUUCUGAUGGUCAGGCAGGGGAUGGUUCUGGUAAUGAUUCUAGAGAUAGGCUGAUUGGUUUUGACAGGUUCCUCCAUGAGACCUCACAAGGGCCAAAUGUAAAAUCUGACUUGGACAAGUACUUGGAAGAACCUCUAUUUCCGCGUAAUAUGGAAUUUAAUAUAUUAAAUUGGUGGAAAGUUCACACACCGAGGUAUCCCAUCCUCUCUACAAUGGCACUCAACAUUCUGGGUAUUCCCAUGUCAAAAGUUACAUCAGAUUCUGCCUUUGAUGUUGGUGAUCGAGUCCUUGACCCAUACUGGAGUUUGUUGAGAUCGAACACUGUGCAAGCCCUGAUGUGUGCCCGGGACUGGAUGCAGAAUGACUCGGAAGAUACCAAAACCUUGGCGGAUGCUACCCCUUUAGCCAUAUGCUAUGAUACAAGCUAGCAAGUUAAUGUCAGUACAGAUCUUCAUUUUACCUUUUUGCCAUCCUUUCGAAUCUUAAGUUAUACAUAUGGUAGAUCUGAUUAGUUCUGUUAUUAGCUUUUGAAGAAUUACUGAAUUAGGGUUGACCUUUUUCAUGAAUUGCUCCAUCGAGAAUUGUGGUUUAAGGUUGGAUGUUUUGCCACUUUUUUGUGGCAGGCGUAAAAGCGAAUUGUUAAUGAAAUGUUUUAAUAGUUAAAAAGAAUUAGCUUUCA